AUGAAGUACGCUUUGAAUGGAAAUAAGGUCGCCACUCUAAUAGAUAGGAAUGGCAAGGAUGAAAUAAGAGUUUACAAUGUUGACGAGCGUGGGGAUUCAGAAGUUGUUGCAUCAAUCAUAUUGGAAGAUAUAAUAGACUUUGUUUGGGCAUCGCCAACAACCCGUAAGAAGAGAACACCUAAUGGAGGCAGUAAAGAAAGUGAAAACCAGAACUUGUUAGUUGUUUUGUUAAAGGAAAGUGUUUUUGUUGUUUUAUCAGAGGGGUCAGAAAUUAAUCGAUUCAAAAUCGAUGAUCAAAUAGAUAAACUUGUCAAGUAUGACGAGAAUAUAUGGGCAGCCACCGAAAACAGUAUAUUAAAGGUUAGUCUUGAUGGAGAUGUUAAAGAUAAAAUCAAAGUUCCAGCAUUCAACGCUAUUAGCAUAUCGAACAAAAUUGCAUUCGGCUCAACCAGCUUACAAAUUGGUAAAUUUGCCAAAGGGAAAUUUGUUUGUGAGGAUGAAAUUAAAGUAGUUGGAGAAAUAAAAUCCAUUUUGCAGAGCAAAUAUCCAGUGGUCUUGACAGAAGACAACAAUGCAUAUCUAAUCAAGAAGAAGGUUCAAAAACUCAGCGAUGCUCAUCACAUACAAUUAUUACAUUAUAGAGAGAAAGAUUAUAUUGUGGCCAUUAGCGAUAAUUUGAACUUUUACAAUGACGGCAAACUCGAAAACUCAAUAUCAAGUGAAACUGCAUUAGAAGGUGUGUUAUCUGUCGAAGAUUCGCUUGUGGUGUUCUGGUCAGGGAAGAAUGAACUUUUAUUCAAGAAAAUAGACUGGUCAGACGACGAAAUUGUGAUUCCACGGGGCGAGUUACUUAUGAACGGCACCAAAGCUCAUAUCAAGGUUGCCAAACCAAAGGUGUACAAAACGGACGCCACUAGUUUGAUGAAGAAAUUAAGUGGUAUAUCAGACCACGCCGCAAUUGUUGGUCUCUGUCAAUCAGUUGGCGAUUCUACUGUUAUCAAAGAAGUAUCAAAAGAAAUUGGCUUAGAGUUAUUUCCAGUAAUAAGUGACGCCGUAAGCAAAGACACAACAAAUACAAAUCUUGCUCUUUGGUUCAAGUGGAUAUACUUAAUUCACGGUAAACAUAUUGCCAAACAAGAUAUAGCCCCCGUAAAGGAAGCCAAAACCCAGCUUGAGCUGGGAGUCAAGCUUAUGUCACAUUUAAUUGCCAUUCAAGGAAAACUACAACUUUUGAAAUUACAAAAUGAAAUGAGAGAGAAAAAUGUUGUUAGAGAUGUUACAACCACCAUUGAUGAUGAUAGUAUGGUUUAUGCAAACGGAGAAGCAGAUAUUAUUUAG